CUCCCAGAGUGCCAAGCGGCAACAGCAGCGGGGUCUUGUUCGCUCGCUGUGGCUGGGCGGCUAGUUCAAGUUGCCAUAGCUGCGAGUCUGGAGAGAGCAGAGUCGGUUGCGCCGCAGCGUCAGGUGAUUUGGGGAAGGUGUAGGGCAACCAAAGAUCGUCUACUUGACUAGGCCUUUUGCCCUGAACCUCAUGAAGAAAUGAUAGGAGGCAGACAUAUGUGCCAAAGAAGAGCACUGAGCUCAGAGGAGAACAACACGGAGUUUUGGGGGUGUGUUUUGAUUGUGUACAUCAAUGGCAGAAUCCUCCAGCGAUUCAGAACACUUUCGCUCUCGUGACCGAUUGAGUCGAUGGACUACCAGGUCAACAUACAGGGAAAGUCUAAGUCGUCCUACAGUAGGCGUCACCGAGAAGGUCAACACUAUAACGAGUACUUUACAGGACACCAGUCGGAACCUGCGACAAGUAGACCAGAUGCUUGGACAGUAUCGAGAAUAUAGUAAUGGACAGGCGGGUGCUAUAGAACAUUUAAAAGAAAGCUUGGAACAAUCAAUAGGCCAAUUGCGGAGUCAGCGUUUAUUGAGAAACUCAGGAGGGAGAAGUAUUUCUGUUACAAGUCUGAGUGCAAGUGACCUCGAUGGUGGCACUGUGACAGAGAGCUACCGUUUUCCACCUACCUCACCUCUCAAGGACUAUGGGGAUCAUCAGGGGAGUAAACGAAUUAGGUCCAGAACUGGUGUCCGAUUUGUUCAGGAGACUGACGACAUGGGCCAGUUUCAUGCGUUUCAUCAGUCCCUCCGAGACCUCAGCAGUGAACAAGUUCGGCUUGGAGAUGAUUUCAAUCGGGAAUUUGCCAGAAGAAGCCGGUCGGAUGCUGAAACAAAAAGGGCUUUGGAAGAAUUAGCUGAAAAACUUAAUGAAACCCAAAAGCAAGAAGUGGUUUCAGAUCGGGUGGAACGACGGCUUCAGGAAAUAGAGAGAGAGAUGCGCACAGAAAGGGAGCUGGUGGAAAGACGGCAGGAUCAACUGGGACUUAUUUCUUUGCAGCUACAGGAGGCACUGAAGAAACAAGAAGCUAAAGCAGAUGAAAAUGAGGGAGCCGUGAAAAAUAAGCUAAGACAGACUGAAACUGAGAAGAGUCGACUUGAACAAGAAUUGGAGCUAUCUCGAAGGUUAUUGAAUCAGUCGGAAGGCAGCAGAGAAACACUUCUGCAUCAGGUAGAAGAGCUCCGUACACAACUUUUGAAAGCAGAAGGUGAUCGAAAGGGUUUACAGCAUCAAGUGUCUCAGAUUUCCAAGCAACAAUCAAACCAUCAAGAUGAACAAGGAGAUGACUGGAGGUUUAGGAGAGGGGUUGAGCGGGAAAAAGAGAAUCUGGAGAAGCAGAUGUCAGAUUUGAGGGUGCAGCUGAACUUCAGUGCAAUGGCAUCUGAGUUAGAGGAAGCGAAGCGGUGCAUGGAGCGAAAAGACCAGGAGAAGGCACAUUUUGCAGCGCAAGUAGAGAAUUUAACACGUGAAUUGGAGAACAGGGAAAAGCAGCAACUACAGAUGUUGGAUCAACUUAAGGAGAUCCAGAAUCACUUUGAGACUUGUGAGGCCAAACACAAGCGCGCUGACCUUCAGAUCUCAGAGCUGACUCACCAUGCUGAGGAUGCCACCAAACAGGCCGAGCAGUACCUUCUCGAGUUCCAGCAGUCAGAGGCCCUGAGACAGGCAGCGGAGAAGAGGAGAGAAGAGCUGAAGACGAAAGCUCAGGAGUCCAUUAGACAGUGGAAGCUUAAGCAUAAGAAAAUAGAGCGAGCACUGGAGAAGCAGUCUGAAAGUCUUGAGCAACUGACAGACAAGAAUAAUCAGAUUCUAAAAGAAAAGGAUGAAUUGAAAAGCCAGCUUUAUGCAGCCUUACAACAGAUAGAGAAUCUUCGAAAGGAAUUGAAUGACGUCUUAACCAAGCGUGCCCUUCAAGAGGAGGAACUUCACUGUAAGGAGCAGAAACUAAGUGAUAUUAAGGCUCAUCAAGCUGACCUUGAACUAGAAGUCAAGGAUUCCCUGGACACUAUCCAUAGGCUGGAAAGUGAAUUGAAGAAGCAGAGUAAGAUUCAAAGCCAGGUGAAAGUUGAGAAAGCUCACCUGGAAGAAGAAAUCGCAGAGCUAAAAAAGGGCCAGGCCAAGGACAAAGCUCAACUUCUCGAGAUGCAAGAGGCUGUCAAGGACUUGAGUGCCAUCCGGGCCGAUCUUGCUAAUAAACUGGCUGAGGAACAGAAAGCCAGGAAAGAGGUGCUUAAGACCCUUGCUGACCUCAAGACACAGGCGAAAUCUAGAGAUGAAGAAACAGCUACAAUCGUUACACAGUUAAAGCUAGAACGAGACGUUCACCAGAGGGAGCUGGAAGAUCUCACAUCGUCAUUGCAGAGUGUGAAAACUAAACACGAGCAGAACAUCCAGGAGCUGAUGAAGCACUUCAAGAAGGAAAAGAGUGAGGCUGAGAAUCAUAUUAGGACACUGAAGGCAGAAAGCAUAGAAGAUAAGAAUACAGCUAAAAUCCAUCGUUGUCAGCUAGAGAAGUUGAAAUCACAGUGUGACAGGCUGACAGAGGAAUUAACCCAGAAUGAACAGGAGAACAAAAAACUGAAGCUAAAAUAUCAGAGUUUGAAGGACCAGCUAGAAGAAAAGGAAAAGCAUAUAAGCAAUGAAGAAGAGUACUUAAGGAGGAUGGAAGAGGCCAGAUUGCAGCUCAAGGAUCAACUUCUUUGCCUGGAGACUGAACAGGAAUCCAUUCUUGGUGUCAUAGGAAAAGAAAUUGAUGCAGCUUGUAAAACCUUCUCCAGGGACUCGAUGGAGAAAUUGAAAGUUUUUUCAUCUGGUCCUGAUAUUAAUUAUGACCCACAUCGCUGGUUAGCAGAAAGCAAGACUAAACUUAAGUGGCUCUGUGAGGAACUGAAGGAGAGAGAAAACAGAGAGAGGAGUCUGCGGCACGAGCUGAUGCUGUGCAGACAACAGCUGAGGAGUAUGACCGAAAACAAGGAAUCUGAGCUCCAGUGUCUCUUCGAACAGAUAGAAAGACAAGAGCAGCUUCUGGAAGAAAUACAACAAGAGAAGAGAGAUCUCCUGGAGGAGACCCACAGAAAAGAUGAAGAAAUGGAAUCUCUGCAGCCAAAGCAACUGUUUAAAAUUCCAUCUUGGGAAGAUGCUAGUCAGACUGCAAUGAAAAAUCAGAAUGAAGCUCAAUUUGAAGAAAAAGCAGACCGUGUAAAUGCAUUAGAAACGAGUACCCGAGUGGCCUUGGACCAUCUGGAGUCUGUGCCUGAGAAACUGAGCUUACUAGAAGAUUUCAAAGACUUCAGAGAUUCCUGCAGUUUAUCUGAGAGAAUUGAUGGGAGAUAUUCUAAAUACAGAGUUCACAAAGAAUCUCUUCAGCAGCGCCGAGAUGACACCAAGUACGGAGUCAAAAACUCCAAAGAUGACGGAAUCUUUGCUGAGAGUUCCCAUGCUCAUAGGUUAGACCACUCCCCGUCUUGGCCUGAUCGCGGUCACUUCCUGUCUAGUCCACGAUUUUCACACUUGAAUUCAUUUACCAAAAGAACAGUUACUCCAGAUUCACCUUCAAUCAAGGAAGAUGCCAGCAGUUUACCAAUGGAUGGGACAAGUCCACAGUCUAAAAAGGAGGAAUAUGAAAGCAAAAAAAGCAAAAUGUUACUUGGAAGCAACCUGAUUUGGGACAUUGGUUCUAUGUUACCAUUUCACAUGCAGUUUUGUUUUGUCUAUACCAGCAGCUCACAGCUAUCCACACUGUGUUUCAGAGUAACAUUUCCAGACUCUGACAUUGUCAUCUUUAAAAAGAUUUUGGUGUAAUGACCACUGUUAAGUCUCAUCCAGCUUUCCCUCACUGUCUACGACUGAGAUGUGGGGUUUAAUGUAUCAUUCCAUCUCUCAGUCCUUGGAAGACUAACAAUGGCCAUAUGUAAUUUGUCUUGGCCUUUUAUCUUACAUGUUGUACCUCUCCCCCUAUUAUGUAUGACUGAUAAUUUGAAAUAUUUGUUUGAAUUUGAGUUGCUUCCCCUUCUCAUUUGCUUAGGAAUAGACUAAAUUGAAAUCUACACAGAAUUCUCCCAAUUGUAAAGUAUAUCAACUAAAUCUUCUCAAGAACUUCUCAAUUUCUGAGCAAUUGAUUUAAAUAUUACAGUAUGUCUUACAUUAAGGAAAGUUUUUCUGCAAGAGUGAUUAUUUAUUGAGCAACUACAGUGGAUAGGCCCCAUAUCAGAGUCUUUGCAAAGCCCCCACUCCAGCUAAUUGCAGCAACUGAAAUGUGCAAUUCUUACAAUAAAUAGCAAUAUCAAGUAAAUUAAGCAAACAGCAUAACCCUUUAAACUGUGUUUAAAAUAUCAAUUAAGGGCACCUGGGUGGCUCAGUCAGUUGAGUGUCCAGCUCUUGAUUUCUGCUCAGGUCAUGAUCUCACAGUCAUGGGAUCAAGCCCCAUGUCAGGCUCUACUCUGGGAGUGGAUACUGCUGGAGACUCUCUCUCUCCUUCUCCCUCUGCCCCUCCCCUGCUUGUGCACAUACACUCUUUCUUUUUAAAAAACAAUAAAAAUGAUAAUAAAAUAUCUUCAAUUCUUUUAUGGUUUAGACUUUUUACCAACUAAUCAUAUAGAUAAUUAAAAAAAAGAAGCUUACAUAAAUAUACAAAUGCAGUUUAUUAUACCUUUUGUGAUCUGUUUAGAAAAACUUUCCACUGUUGAACAGGGACUGUGCCUAUAACAUAUUUAACAUUCAUAAGUUAUUCUGCAUUGGUGGCCUUCCACCCAAGAAAUUAUUUCCAUCAAUUCAAAUGUGUAUCUAUUUUUUUAAAUUCAUUCAUGCAAUGUGAACCUAUUAUAUCUUGUUUCAUUGGUCAGAAAAGUCUUCUGUAUGUAUUGCCAAUCUUAACCUUGUAAUUUUUAAGAAUAAAUAUAAUUCCUUUAUUUGGUUCACUGAUAAAUUUGAUUAGCUGGGUGUAUAUGUUUAAAUAUACAAAUAUUUCAUAAUUCCUAGUUACCAAUUAUAAUAGUUACAUAAUACACCAUUUGAAAUUGAUACAACUAAAUUUACAUACUCACCCAGACUUGCAUAUGCUAAACUUUCAUUUCCCAUCAACAAUUUGCUAUUUGUUUCCCUUCUCAGAAAAGAGAAUGAAAUUGAACUUUUUUAAGAAAGCAGGUGAAAAAUUGUAUGUAUUUAGAUCACAUCAAAUAAUAUAGGAAGACAGCCAAGACCCUUACAUUAUCCUUGAUCUCUUUUGAGUGUAAACACUAAAGGUGAAGUAUCAGUUUGGACACAGCCAUACAACAUCAAAAUGAUCCUUGUUUUCAUAUUUUGCUUUUGGGCCACGUUUACUUUCCACAAACAAGGAUCUUGUGAAUAUGUGAAAAUUUACCAUUUGUUGCGCACUACAUAAAGCUUAGAUUCAAAUUCUCAGAACCGUUACCGAAGAUGGGCUGAGCUUCUCAUAGACAGAUCUCAUGUGAGAACAAUCCAGUUCUGGAGCCACUGAGAUCCAGAUGUCCAACUGAACAGCUGCCAUCCUCUGUCUGCAGUAACCUUGGGAUCACUGACCAUGUGUUAUGCAUUUCUUAUCCUGACGCCCAUGAUUGAGGUCAGAUGUUCUCUACCCUUAAUUUUACCCUUUGGGACUCUAUAUUUCUCAGUGGGAUGUACAGUCACAGACACUGGUACCACAGAGCAACUAGAGAAAAACUUUCCCAUGCAGUGUUCAUAUAAGUAGAUGUUCUGGCUAAAUUUCCAUUACCUUUAAAUAUUUAGUGUCUAUUUCUCUUCUCAGAGAGUGAUUACAAGUGAACCGGAAACAACAUAGGCAUAUAAAGGAGAGUAACUUAAUUAUCUUCCAGGGUCUGUAACCCCAGGGUUAUAUGUUGAGAGCAUGGAUGUGAAAGGAAUCUUGUUUGGUCCUUCUACAUGUGCAAUCAACACAUUUGAAACAUACCAGCUUUCCUAAUGUGGUAACUGAAGCUUAUCAGAGUAGCAACUACCUGAGUGAAAUCUAUGCUUAUUUUGAUACUGAUCUCAACACAACUUUAUACAAAUGUUUGAUCGAUUUUACAAAAGCAACAUUGUCUUUUACCAAACAGAGUAAUUACUUACCUUUUGCUGGUAGCAUCAUGACAGCUAAUUCCCACGUUACCCAUAGCUUGCGUGAAGAGCCAUUAGGUAAUGUUUGGAAUCCAGGUAGGAUCUGGGAAGGUCAGACCAAUGUAAAUUAUCACCACUUUAAUAUUUGCAGUGCAUUUUUCAAAUUACCAGCCAAAGGUCUAAUAUCCAAAACAAUGUGUGUAAUUUGGAACCAAGAUUCAGUUUUUAAUUGUUAUUUUGAUAACAUCAUAGAUUGAACAUCUUCCCAAUUCUUUAAAUCAGUGUGAAUCCAGAAUCAAUAUCUUUGAAAGCUAUAUAAAAAUUUGUCAUAUCAA